UGUGCACAGAGGAAGAAGAAGAAGAAGAAGAAGAGGAGCAACUUGCUAGCAGGCUAGCUGCCUUAGCUGUACUCUGCAUUUAAGCGCUCUCAUAAUGGCGCCUUUAGAUCUCGAUAAGUACGUAGAAAUAGCACGACACUGCAAGUACCUCCCUGAAAAUGACCUGAAGAGACUGUGUGACUACGUUUGUGACUUGUUGCUGGAGGAAUCGAACGUCCAGCCAGUGGCCACUCCAGUGACUGUGUGUGGAGAUAUUCAUGGUCAGUUUUAUGAUCUCUGUGAGCUCUUCAGAACUGGAGGCCAAGUUCCAGACACAAAUUACAUUUUCAUGGGGGAUUUCGUCGACCGGGGUUAUUAUAGUUUGGAGACGUUUACUCACCUGCUGGCCCUAAAAGCCAAGUGGCCCGACCGCAUCACGCUGCUACGAGGAAACCACGAGAGCAGGCAGAUCACUCAGGUGUACGGCUUCUAUGACGAGUGUCAAACCAAGUAUGGGAACGCCAACGCCUGGCGGUACUGCACCAAGGUCUUCGACAUGCUGACGGUGGCGGCUCUGAUCGACGAGCAGGUGCUGUGCGUCCACGGCGGCCUUUCGCCCGACAUCAAGACUUUGGACCAGAUCCGGACCAUCGAGCGCAACCAGGAGAUUCCUCACAAGGGGGCGUUCUGCGACCUGGUGUGGUCGGACCCGGAGGACGUGGACACCUGGGCCAUCAGCCCGCGAGGCGCCGGCUGGCUGUUCGGCUCCAAGGUGACCAACGAGUUCGUCCACAUCAACAACCUGAAGCUCAUCUGCCGCGCCCACCAGCUGGUCCACGAGGGCUACAAGUUCAUGUUCGACGACAAGCUGGUGACCGUGUGGUCGGCGCCCAACUACUGCUACCGCUGCGGCAACAUCGCCUCCAUCAUGGUCUUCAAGGACGUCAACCGACGGGAGCCCAAGCUGUUCCGCGCCGUGCCCGACUCGGAGCGCGUCAUCCCGCCCCGGACCACCACGCCCUACUUCCUCUGAGGGCGGCGGCCGCUCCGCCCGCCGCCCACUUAUUUAUAUGCAAAGCCAUUUUCAGAAAUUCACUCAAGUGGCGCCUCUGUCAGGCUGUCCAGCGUUUUGCAGUGGCACACAGGAAGUGAGAUCCUCUUUAAACCCUUCUUUAAAUUCCAUGAGAUGAGACACUGAUUGAUUUCCGUUGCUUCGCUGAAGCGAACGAUCAGCUGAGCGGUCCAAGCCAAAGUCUGAUCUCAUGGCUGCCUUUUCAAAAGAUUAGUUUUCUCCUCUGCGCUUGAUUAUUUCUUGAAUUAGGAAGUAAAAGUUUGUAAUUCAGCUGUCUUGAAGGCCUCAGAUGGAUCAGGUGACCAUGUGUUGAGCCCAUCUCUCAGCUUCUCUGCCUUAAAGCUGCGUUAAGGCAACAGGAGACGGAACCCGUGGUCCUCCGUUCAGCCCGGACCCGCCUCCUGGCCUGAAGGUCACACGUCCCUCCACAGCUUCACGGCCGCGGCCGCCGUGCACAGUGCCUGCACACAAUCAGCAGCUGGGGUCCGGUGUGUUGCUCGGUGGUUCGGAGGCAGCUGCAGCUCCAGCGCCCUCCAGUCUCCUUCAGGGAGUCACUUUCUGUCUGGACGGGAGGCGGCGAGACGCCGUCUCCCUCUGCAGCCUGAAGACAGAGACCAAGCCAAGAGGAGCUCCUCUGACAUUUUAAAGAAAGUCAUUUCAAUAAGUGCUGCCUUUUUUUUUUCUCAGUUCCUUCCUAAUUUAUUCUUUCUUUUUAAAGCUACCCUGCAAUAACUGCACGCACACUUUGCCACCCAGCAGCCAGCAAGGGACUGUUGUGAACUGGUUUUUAAUUCAGCCUUCUCUCUGGACCGGCGCCGCUGCAGUGGCCUUUCUGAGCAAUAUCGGUGAAAAACAGGAACCCUCUCUCCUUCAGCUUCAUGCAGUCGGUGUAUUUGUAGCACAGAACUGUUCUAUUUAACAUCUGUUUUGUAGUUUGAAUAAACUUUAAUUCACUGUG